AUGUGGGCUAAGAGUGGAGGAAUGGAUCUAAUAGACCUAGGGAAUGAGUACUUUAUUGUUAGGUUGUUCAAUGAGGAUGAUUACUGGCAUGUUAUGGAGGGAGGACCUUGGCUAAUCUUCGACCACUACUUGACGAUAAGAAGGUGGACCCUUGAGUUCAAUCCAUUUGGUUCGGCUAUUAAUAAGAUUGCUGCAUGGGUGUGCCUCUCGGAUCUCCCUAUUGAAUACUACGAUAAAAGGUUUCUUGGAACAGUUGGCGAUCAAAUUGGGAAGACACUUAAAGUGGACAUGAAUAUAGCAAAUCAUUCAAGAGGAAAGUUCGCCCGUCUCUAUGUAGAGAUUGACUUAAACAAGCCACUGGACUCUAAAUACAUGGUGAAUGGCAAUAAUUACUUUAUAGAAUAUGAGGGUCUUCACUUGAUUUGCUUUGCGUGUGGUAAGUUUGGUCAUGUUAAUGAUGUCUGUACUGCCAAGCCCUAG